GAUGUCUACUGUUUAUUCUCUGAAAUCUUGCUGAAAUGCCAAAGUAUAAUUGCUGUGUUCCUGGAUGUACCAAUAGCCAUAGAAAUAAGGCUUCUGGAUUCAAGUUUUAUUGCUUGCCAACGGACUCGGAGCUUCGUAAAAAAUACGAUGUUCUGAUAAGAAACGACAACCUCAAAGUGACAUCGACACACACAAGGAUUUGUUGUGAACAUUGGGAAGGAGGACAAAAAUUAAGCCGGACUCAUCUUCCAUCUAUCUUUCCAUGGACUGAAAGCAAGCAACCACGUAGAGUGAUCGCCAAAGCCAGUCAGGAAACCAUCGAGAACCAUAAACGCAAGAGAAAGAACUCAACUAACAUCAGUGAUAUGUCGGACGCCAUGGAAAUCAAAGAUCCAGAACCCGAAGCUACACAACUUGACUGUUCAACUCAAACAGAUUUGCCUUGCUUCUGCAAUGCAGAAAUCGAAGUAAAACGACUUAAAGAUGAAAAAAACGAACUCCAAGAAGAAACAUUGUUUCUGAAAAGCGAACUGAAGCGAAUAUCGGACGAGCUGAACACGGUCAAAACCAACUUUGUAAGGCUACAGCAGCAGCAAACGAAGUUCGAUAUUGAGCAAUACAAGUCUAACGAUACUGACAUCGAGUUUUAUACAGGUCUUCCGAACUACAAAAUGCUGUUAUUUUGUUUUGAAUUAGUGCAAGCAUCGAAUAAUGUCUGUGAGAGAGAAGGUGAAAUUAAUCAAAAAACCCCUAAGAUUGGUAGGCCUAGAGCACUGACUGCCUUUCAAGAAUACAUCAUGGUGCUUAUGAGAUUAAGACUUGGCCUCUUUGAGAGAGACCUGGCACAUAGAUUUGGUAAUAUUGCUCUAGGAACUGUGUCAAACAUUACUCUACUAAUAAUAUACAUGAAAAAAUUACUUGAUGGUGAUUGGUUGAUAGCAGUGCAAGUGUAA